AAAACUCGAACGAUGAAGGUCAAGUGGAACAGUUUAAUGCUAUUCGGGCUAAUAGUUUUAGCCCUCUUCGCCUUAAAAGUGGAUGCCCGCAAGCGACUUAAAAUUGGAUUGCACAAGAAUCCCGAACCCAUUGAAGAGAAUGUGAGGAACGAACUCAAGACCCUGUCUAUAAAGCACAAGCUAAAAGUAGAUGAGACGACUACUUCGAAAGCGAAAACAAAGGAUUCUGGAUCGCGUGUCGCAAAACUGGGAAACCUUUACAACACGGAGUACUAUACCUCUCUUAAGAUCGGAAAUCCUCCACAGAUUCUCAAAGUCCUCAUCGAUACGGGUUCGGCGAAUCUCUGGGUGCUUUCCAGUAAAUGCCCAAAUUCGGUUAAGCCCUGUGCGAAUCUGGAAAAGUAUAAUUCAAGUGCCUCCACAACCUACAAGGGUAUUAAUAACCCCUUCACUAUUCAAUAUGGAUCCGGUUCGGAAGAAGGUAUUAUAGCACUCUCUGGUUUCGAGUCCCAGGACACAGUUAAUAUAGCUGGAUUUUCCGUGAAAAAUCAAGUUUUUGCCGAGAUCACCGAUGCUCCAGAGACCGCCUUCCUCAAGUCUCAGUUCUCGGGAAUUUUGGGCCUGGGAUUUUCCAGCAUAGCCAUCAACAGUAUCACACCGCCUUUCUUCAAUUUGGUGGCUCAGGGUCUGGUGAAAAAGGCAGUCUUUUCCAUUUACCUCAAUAGAAAUGGCACAAAUGCCGUAAAUGGUGGUGAGCUGAUUUUGGGAGGCACCGAUUCGGGUCUGUAUAGUGGAUGUUUGACCUAUGUGCCGGUUUCAACUGCAGGUUAUUGGCAAUUUACCAUGUCAAAAGCCAGAGUGAAUAACUUUGAGUUCUGCGAGAAUUGCGAGGCCAUACUCGAUGUGGGCACUUCUUUGAUUGUUGUGCCUGAGAAAGUCCUCGAUACCCUCAAUCAAAUAUUGGGAGUACUCAACCCAACGGCAUCGAACAGUGUGUUUUUAGUGGAUUGCUCUAGGAUCUCUGAACUUCCGGAUAUAAUUUUUACCAUCGCCCGCCGGGAAUUCCGCUUGAAGUCCACCGACUAUGUGCUGCGAUAUGGAGAUACUUGUGUUUCGGGCUUCACCAGCUUGAAAGGCAACACCUUGCUGAUUCUGGGCGAGAUCUUCAUGGGAGUUUACUACACGGUCUACGAUAUUGUCUUCAAACUCAUUGGACUCGCACCAGCAGUUCAUUGA